AUGCUGUACGAGGUGUCUAGUUCUUUAAUAGGACAGAGAGGCUCAGAUUUGCGGCGUCGUAUUAGUGUCGAUUCACCGGAAUGCUCAUCAAGCCUCACAUCACAUCCGGAAUCAUCACAGGAGAUACUAACGUGUUCCUCCCAACAGAAGUCGCGUUCCUCUGUACAAUCUCCUCUAUUGAAUGUUAAUAAAAAACUAAGUGUAACCAGCACAACAUCAGCUGAAACAAAUAAGACAGGUGACAGCGAAUUAAAACCGGCACUCCGUAAAACUUCGAGCCCUAAACGUAAUGAUAAUAUAAGAAAACAACCAAAGAAUGAGUCAGGUAAAGAAAACAUUGUUAACAUCCAAAAAAAUUCAUUAGGCAAUCAAAAUCUUAAAAAGCGAGUUAUUUCCUUUGAAGAAGAACAACCACAUACUUCAAAUACAGAACCCUCCACAUCAGUACCAAAACCACAAACAUUUGAUUCAUAUGAUUCGAUUGACCGAAGAGACCAAGCUUCUACAUCACGUAGUCAACCGGAGGAGGAAAAGACAAAGCUUAAAAAGAGUGCAUCCUUUGAAUCUUUAUCGAGCGUUUCUUGCAAAUCUGAACUCAUUGAUACUCCAAUUGAGUGUUAUAUAUAUGAAAAAACCACAAAGCCACAUCAAGAUAAGGAACAUGGUGUAAAUACAGAACUUCAAUAUGCUCUUUCUCAGUCUAUUCCUGUUAGUUCCGAAACUUUAUACGACGGAACUCUUUCGGAAGAUAACGAUACUUACCCUCAGAGGCAACGCUCUGCAUCAGUGAACUUAGAUAAAACGCCCCCCUCACCUGCGCCAGCUACACCAUUAGCACAUAAAAACAUUUAUUGGCAAAGGCGUGCACAUUCCUGUGAACGAGUAGAGACCCAAUUGAAGACAGAUGAUUAUGAAUUUUGGCUUAAGCAUAAACAAGAAAAUGAGACAACAUUUACAGCGGGCCCACGCCACGUCUAUUUGAAAGUUCCUUAUGGCAAAAAAUACAGCUUGCAUUAUGAAACGCUAAAACAAAAUAGACAAAAAGAAAAUCCAACGGUUGAGUUGAAACGCUAUCGCGAACAGUCGUCGUCUACGCAGCGUGCUUUUGCUGAAAGAAUUUAUGAUCAAUUUCAUUCUAAUCGUCGUAAUUUAACCAAGGAAAAUAAUCGGUCGUCAAUGGGGAAGAUGAACUCUAUGGACGACCAUGAACGAAAAAUUAUAAUCGAGUUUUGCCAUCUAUUAGAAAAAUCAAAGCAGCUGUUUAAUGGUCUCAGGUAAGAUUUUUUAUAUAAUGUUUGUAGACAAUAAAACAACGUUCCUUAUAAAACAAAACUACCCCCAGGGAUUGUUACAUUUGAAUCUUUCAAACUACGCAAGGAAUUGAAAUGCGAUCUUGAUCUAUAGAUAGAAAUAUACAUUACGUUAAUAUGUAUAACACAAUACAUGUGUAAAAGUUGAAAUAGUUUACUACGUAAUCGAGAAUUGCCCCAGUAUGGGCAUAAAAACUGGUCUUCAUACUUUGGAAGAACAUUCGAUAUUUACACGCGACUGUGGAAGUAUCAGCAACAACACCGUGCUAUUUUAGACUCCAAAUAUGGUAUGAAACGUUGGCAGAUCGGUGAAAUCGCUUCAAAGAUCGGACAAUUGUAUUAUCACUUCUAUCUGAGAACUAGUGACACCAAUUAUCUCAACGAAGCAUACUCUUUCUAUCAUGCAAUCAGAGGACGAUGUUAUUAUACUAAAGCAAAUAAAGAGGAUAAAUGCGAGCUGAUGGUGAAAAAAUUAAGAUAUUAUGCCAGAUUUAUCGUGGUUUGUCUGUUGCUGAAAAAGAUGAAGUUGGUUAAAGAGUUGAUUAAGGAACUCGAUAGGCAGAUCAUAGAAUAUGGUAACACCUAUGACCCCGACGACCAGGUCGAGUGGACGGUCGUAGUCGAUGAAGUAAAAGCUUUCAUUCAUGCGGAACCUGCGGUGGCAAUUAUUGAUCAUGAUAACUACACUGUCAUAGUUUCUAACAGACUCACACCGAUGACGACACCUGCGGUCGAAAGAACACCUCAAAUGAACUUAACGCUCCAGGAGAUCUUGAUAGUAGGCAGCAGCUCACACCAGGUGAAGUUCUCAGAGCUUACGAUAGACAUGUUCAGAAUGCUACAGACCUUAGAAAGAGAGCCGACUGGCGAGGUGCAACAUAAUUUCGAUGAGUCUCCUCGUGCACGAUACACGUCCACACCAAACGCCCAUAGCCAAGAUGGUAUUGAGCCCAAAAUGAAAAUGCCGAAUCCACAUAAAUAUCUUCUGUUCAAACCGACUACGAGCCAGAUAUUGGUAUACUUGGCCAGCGGAUGCAAUGACCUGCCCCCCAAUGGAGUCCUCCUGCUGUACAUAUCAGCCGAUGGACAUAUGCCACAGCCUCCAAAGCACGCUGAAGACGGAGAUUUAAAUCCAUUCACAAGAAGACCGUUUAUCCUAAUCGUGGACUCUGACAACUCUUAUGCAUUCCAAAAUAUACCGAGGCAUUUCGGUCAACCGAUGGUGAUAUUGAUGUCACCGUUGGAAUUGCCUACUUCAUUCCAUGGUAAAUAUAUGAACAGUUUACCAGCAUUCCACACGUGA